CUGUGGUAUGGGGAAAAAAAACAGAAAUCAAGAAAAUGGAGGGAUAACAAAUAUCUUGACAUAAAUAUACUAAAUAUGCGUGAUGUGUGCAAAGAUUGUUCGUGGAACUAUAGAAUACCAGAUAAUAAUAAAACAUUUUAAUAGAAAUCGUACAAAUUGAGACUAUCAUCGCUUGCAAACGUAUUUAUAAUUGUCUUGCAUUACGGAUAAUUGUGUCGUAGAACGUUGGCCAGCUUUGAUCACGUCCACAUUUAACGUUAAUCCUGUUGCGGUCAAGUGCUCAUGUUUAGCAUCCGUACUGUUAACACAGGACUAACAUUAAUUGCAGUAGCAAAGGCGAUGAGCGCUGCAGCAGGAUCAUCGGACCCUCCAGGAUUAUGUUUACCAGGGAACACCGUCGGUGUAUGCCCGGACAGUCCGCCUCGGCUUCUCAGACUGCCCGCCGUCCCGGGAUAUGAGCAGCAUCGGGUGAAUGAUCUGUUACUGCAUAGCCCUUCAACUGGAUCUGUGCAUCGGUGCGGCAGCUCCGAGAUGGCCGGGAGUGGCAAUGCACACAUUGUGUUUUUUCCCGGGGACAUUCAGAAUUUUCAACAGGAAAUGGCCCUGCAGCCAGAUGCAGCCCCAUGGCAGAGCUGGAGCCUUGAGAGGGUGGCCCUGAUCUUGGGGCGCCGUUUCCCCAGCCACCAUAUCUGGAUAAUCCGGGCAUCACAAAUGUACCUCCACAAGUUCAGCUGCUACCAGAAUUUUGUGGAAAGCAAUCUGUUUGGGGCGCCUGAGCAUUCCUCCGAUUAUGGCGGUCUGCGUCAUCUGAGAGCCUUGCUUGGCCAUGGCAUGGAGCUUGCCAACCUCCCAGACCCUCUGCCCCCCCUGGGCAGUGCCACGUCUUUUCCACCUGGCUUCUCUCUCACCAUCGUGGCCUUCAGUAAGGGCUGUGUAGUGCUCAACCAGAUGGUCUACGAACUACCAGCAGCAAAGACAGACCCAGAGCUUGCACCCUUUUUGGAAUGUGUGACAGACAUGUACUGGUUGGAUGGGGGUCACCCAGGAGGCAGUGAAACUUGGGUCACAGACAAAAGGGCACUGGCAGAGUUGGCGAGGAGUGGAGUAGCCCUGCAUGCCCAUGUCACACCCUAUGAGGUACGUGAUCCAAUGCGGGCCUGGGUAGGGAACGAACACAAGCGCUUUACACAUACGCUCGAGGAGCUUGGCGCACAGCUUUCUCAGAAAUUGCACUUUGAGGAUGAGCCAGCAUCUAUUGACAAUCACUUCCGCAUCAUUCAGGAAUUCUGAGGCCUGAAAUACUACAGUCAGAUAUUAAUUUGAAUGUGUUGCAAGAUGCAGCCUCUAGGCCCAUUGCUCAGAUACCUCAACAAAGCAUGUCACAGGUGUUAGCAGGAAAUGGAAGAAAUUACCUCAUUCCGUCAAAUAUAAGGGCUUUAUAAUUUGCACAAAGAUAUGGAACAUAAAUGUAACAAUUUUGACUAUUUAAUGAAACUUUCGCCUCACCUCGUAAUGCUGUUGUAUAUUCAGUCAAUGUUUACUAUCUUCCCUGCAAUCUGAUACUUCUACAAUCUUUCCAAGUUGAUGACACUCGUGAAUGUAAAUGGUCAUUUCUCAAGUCUUACAGCAACACUAUGCUUAAAAUCCUAUACAUCAGCAGGAGCUACUCAGUCUUAAUGCAAAUGUAUGAUGUGUGCAUUUUUAAGGUUCUGUGAUGAAAACGAUUCUCAUGACAUAAGAGUGUCAUUUACAGAGCAUUGUUAUCUAAACUCUUAGAUAUGAUUGCAUGUUAAUGGCAAAGCUAAAAUUCCAGUUGAAAAGUUCUGAUUAGAAAAAGUUAUAUAUUGAUCCCAACUGGAAAAAAAUGUACUUUUCAAAACUAUUUAGUGUCAUCGACCUAUAAUCUAUUACCUCUGCUUCCUGCGCGGGUUGCUUCAAGUUCAUAUGAUGUUUGUUUUGAAUGAAGUGGAAUCUCUUGAUUAUUUGCAAUAAUGGGGUGUUGUGUUCCACUCCUGUGGUUGCCAGCAUAGAAGCUAACUGCACUAGAUACUUACAUAAUACAUAUUCUAACUUUAUUAAUGAUUCCAAUUCCUCUGAACUCCUGUAAAAUAGCCUAUAUUAAAUGUACAGUGCGCUUCAGGUCCAUUCCAAGUUUUUCCUUGAUGCUAUGCCAUUCAAUAAAGAAUGUAAAUCAAAAACAGUACUAA